CUUCAUUCUAUGUACCAAGCCAAAAACCAGAGAGACUCAUAGGUUCCUGCAUAUUACACCAAGCUCUCUUGAUCACCACCACUCUUUUCACAACAAAUUUAUCAUCAAUGGCAAUCUCUAAAGCUCUUAUUGCUUCACUACUCCUUUCUCUUCUCCUUCUUGACCUUGCCCAAGCAGCGACCAAUCAAGCAGUGACUAGCAAUGGUCUAACAGAUAUCAGCAAGCCCAUGGAUUGCGGGGCAGCUUGUGCAGGAAGGUGUAGAUUGUCAAAAAGGCCAAGACUCUGCAAGAGGGCAUGUGGGAGUUGCUGUGGGAAGUGCCAAUGUGUUCCUCCUGGCACCUCUGGCAACCUCAACGCCUGCCCUUGCUAUGCCACCCUCACCACUCACUACAAUCAACGCAAAUGCCCUUGAAAACUACCUAGUUCUGUUUUUGUUGCGAGCAAUGCUAAAAAAGCCGUUUAAAUUUACAAAACAAUGCCAAUAAAAAAAACAUGAAAGUACGAGUAAUUCAUGUAUUAGAGUUGUGUAGGCGAGUCUUGUACUUCCAUGAAUUUGAAAUUUUUUUUUUAAUUUUAAAUUUCUCACUUUUUUGAUA